AAUCGGAGGGCCUUUGCUGCAGAGAGCAUCCAUUUAAGCCACUCCCAUCCCCGCCGUUCGACCCAUCCAUCUCUUCAUCGUUGUGUCAUUCUCUCUCUCUGGGUGUAUCCGUCCACGAGGCCAGAAUGCUGAACUUCGUGGCAUCGCUCUUGCUCCUUUGUGCCAUCUCGCCGAUGGCCGUGGCCUUCACCGACGGAUUAUUGCCCAACGGUAACUUCGAGCUGGGCCCGGCGUCGUCGCAGCUAAGGGGAACGGAGGUGAUCGGGCGGAAUGCGAUACCCCGAUGGGAGAUCUCGGGCACGGUAGAGUACAUCCCGUGGGGCCAUAAGCAAGGAGACAUGCUGCUGGUGGUCCCUGAGGGGUCGUACGCCGUCCGAUUGGGGAACGAGGCCUCCAUCAAGCAGCGGAUCAAGGUGACGAGAGGAAUGCGGUACUCGCUGACGUUCAGCGCUGCCCGGACGUGCGCGCAGGAGGAGCGGCUCAACGUGUCGGUGGCGCCGGAGUCCGGCGUCCUCCCCAUGCAGACCAUGUACAGCAGCAAUGGCUGGGACUCCUACGCCUGGGCCUGGAACGCCAGGUCCGAUGUCGCCGAGAUCGUCGUCCACAACCCAGGCGUUGAGGAGGACCCGGCCUGUGGACCGCUUAUUGACUCCGUGGCUGUCAAGGAGCUGCACCCGCCCAGGAGGAGCAACAAGAACCUGCUGAAGAACGGAGACUUUGAGGAAGGGCCCUACAUCCUUCCCAACACCACGUGGGGGGUCCUCAUCCCCCCAACCACCGAAGACGAUCACUCCCCACUCCCAGGCUGGAUGGUAGACUCCCCCAAGGCCGUCAAGUACCUGGACUCCACUCACUUCUCCGUCCCCCGUGGCAGCCGCGCCGUCGAGCUCCUCGCCGGCAAGGAAAGUGCCCUCGCCCAGGAGGUCCGCACCGUCCCCGGCCGCGCCUACGCCCUCGCCUUCUCCGUCGGCGACGCCUCCAACGCCUGCCAGGGCACCAUGAUCGUUGAGGCCUUCGCCGGCGAGCACACCGUCAAGGUCCCCUACGAGUCCAAGGGCGCCGGCGGGGCCAAGCGCGCCGUGCUCCGCUUCCGGGCGAGCAAGGCCCGCACCCGCAUCGUUUUUUUUAGCUCCAACUACAACACCCGGAGCGACGACCUCAGCUCGCUCUGCGGUCCUGUGCUCGACGACGUGGCGCUGGUCAGCAUCCGCAACCCCAAGGGCGUCGUGAAACGUUAAUAUUCAAGCCAGGGUACACGAGCAAGCAAGCCAAACAGAGUGAUCGAUGAUAAUCCAAGCAUGAAAAGAAUUUGCACCUGAUUUGCAAUUCCAUUGACGUGCGGCCACCGCUUGUUGCCAGAAUAAUACUAUUGUUAUUAAUAUUUUUGAUGAUUUGUAGUACUAUCCAUGGUCUAAUAUUUAAGGGAAAUAGCAAAUUCUUGCUGGGAGGUGUACUCCUGGAUCGCCUUGUACGGUUUCUAUUAUAUCCCAUAAAUACGUAGAGUGCAAAGCUUGAUUCAAAUUUAUUACUUA